AUGGACCUGAAACACGGCGAUUUUCUUCGUCAGAACUCGUUGGACUUGCUGCAUUUUCAGUCGGGACCAAUUUCCGCGCCAGCGGUGCCGUCAACAGGUGAUGACUACUUUAGUUUCCAGCUACCUAGUCAAUCGGCCGCCGGCGUGGAAAAGAACCGUCCGUCACAUCAACAUGAGCAUACAGGUGCUGGCUCACAGUAUGCUCCUCCUCCACACCAGCCUCCUCACAUCAAUCUAUGGAAACCACAUUCCCCAGUCGUCCAGAAGAAUCGUGGCCAUCUAAAUGCCAGGCAAAGGAUUUCUUCUGACAAAAGAAUUCGUCACAAAUCGCGUCUAUCGAACUCCAUCACUCAUGAUGGAAAAAUUGCUGAUGGUGAUGAAUCGUCUCCUGCUGUUCUAAGCUAUUCCUCGGAGUCAAACAAUCAAGACAAUGAACAACUGAAGUCCAAAUCGCCCGCAAAACGCAAAAAUAACCCCGGCUUCCGUAUUCCCCUCGAUAACCUACAACCUUCAAAUCCAGUCUCUCAUUUCCAACAGCCUACGCACAUCGGACUUGGAGCUGUUGGCUCCAUCGGUUCUGAAUCUAACCUCGACCUCACCUAUCAAAACAUGAAAAUCUCAGACCCUGAUGUGUACUUUCAUCGAAACGGCGGUGAAUGGGACAGCGGUCAGGAGAAUGUCACUCCGCUCAUGAAUCCUCCAGCUACCAAUGAGUUGGGCUAUUUUGGAGCCUUCGAAGUUCCCGUAAGCGAUAAGGAUGCCAGUUUCAAUGCUCUUGAUACCGGAAUGCCAUCUGGUUAUCUUUCGCUUCCAAGAGACGCGGAGCGGUCCAGUGUCACAAAGAGUGAUGACAAUAGUACUGACUUCGAUGAAUUUGCUGCAAUACCCUUUGAUAGCUUUGUGCCAAUUCAGGAGUCAUUCGACGACUUCAGCCUGAGUGUAACGAAUUUCGAGAAUCAAUUUGACGAACUGGGUUUUUCUCAUCAGCACCCUAGUCACACACUGUUUGACAGUGGAGGACAUGUUCCUGUUGUUGGCGAGUAUCUUCAGCACGCUCAACGUCAUAGUCAUUCGAAUCUUCAUUUAAACCAACACUCACAUUCACAAUUACAAUCACACGCUCCUCAAUCUCAGCUCCGAAACCUUGGUUCUGAGCAGGUGUCGUACCCUCCUAGAGCUGUUAAUCAACUGGAUGUGCCCAACGCCAUGCGUCACACUGGGUAUAACUCUACUAUGCAAUAUGGUAAUCAAGAUCAUUACCAGCUGUUCAAAGCAGACGCAUCACCUAAGCCGCGAAGUCUUUUCGUCAGUCGUCCCAUUUUGGAACGAUCACAAUCUGCGCAGAGUGCUGUGCCUCCAGUUAUCAAGUCAGAGGUCAAAAAGAAGAAGAAGUCUUCAAGAGUUGUGAUCUGUCCAAUAUGUGAAAAGCAUAUCAGUAGAGAUUUCACUAGACAUGCACGUAUCCACAAUGAAGUCGGUCGUUUCCAGUGCGUGUUCCCCAGAAAUACCUGCUCACACAAAUCAGGAAAGUUCAACAGACCUUACGACUACAAGAAACAUUUGCUCAAUGUGCACUUCACUUUCGAUGAUCCAAAGAUUCGUUUAGCCCCGAACUUGAAGGAGAAAUUGCUUGUCUAUGGUCUGUGCAACUCCUGCGGUCAAAGGUUUCUUGGAAAUGAUUGGCUUGAGGAGCAUGUGCUCAAUACAGACAAAGGCAAGCGAUGCCAGAAGCUACAAACAGACAUCGAAGUUGAUCAAAAAGCUUUACAUGCCACGGAUAAUCUUGAAGAAGAUAAUUUUGCGCUUUUCAUAAAGGAGGAGAACCUGGACUGA